AUGAUGUAUGCAUCAGCAGCAGCACGUGCCAGUGCUUUCCUCUCAUCAUGGGUUUCCAGAUUCCACAUACCCAAUCACAUCACCUCCAACAGAGACACUACCUUCACGUUGCAGCUCUGGACGUCCCUAAACCGCUUCCUCUGCACACAUUUGCAUCACACAACCGCCUACCAUCCCAAAUUCAAUGGCAUGAUCGAGAGGCUCCAUCGCACCUUGAAAGCAGCUCUCUUGUCUCGCUGCAACUUCUCGACCUGGUACUCACAGCUUCCAAGGGUCCUCCUUGGCCUUCGGACCAUGCCUAAAAAGGGCCUUGACCUCUCAGUAACCGAGUUAGCACAUGGCAAUCCACUUAUGAUACCCGGUGCAUUCUUCCCCUACAAUAACACCUCACCCGACAUCAUCAGACUCCAGACCAUCAUUGGAAAAUUCGCCCAAUACUGCCCAUCCUGUAGGCUAAACGACAAGACCUUCAUCCCAAAGGACCUAAAUGCAACAUAUGUACUCAUCAAAACCAAUGCUGUUCGACCGUCUUUGACCCAGCCUUACACAGGAUCCCGCGUCAAGUUUCCAAGGGCAGGACGCCAUCUGGUCAACCCUCAGGGGGGAGUAUUAAGCCAGCACUCCCAGGCUGUUUCUAAUGCUGCAAGUGACAGGACGUCGCCAACUCCCGACAAUAUGUCGCCAAACUUAGUGAUUCUCACGACUCUACCCAUGGCAACGAAUCAAGUCAGCAGUGUGGUGCUGACAGCGAAGGAGAAUGUCGGGUGGGGAGGAGGAAAGGAGAGGAGAGGAGAGGAGGAAGUGAGGGACCUGGAAUUGUUACCUUCAACUCCCAGAUCGCCAGUGAACUUCAACAUGACUAAUGAGCACUUCCACAUUACACUGCUUCAAGUCGCGUGGCCCCUCAGUGUGGCCGAGUAG